UGCAUAAUCGCCUAUCAUUAGCAGAAAAAUCGAUCGUUUAUGAGCGAUACCUACCCGAGCAGGCGACAAGUCGGGACGAUAAAAAAAACUACCGCUACAUCAGCCCGGUGUUCGGUGCUUUGUUGAUCAUAAUUUCACCUUUCUCUGUCGCCAUGCGCGGUGUGUCUAUCCCAUAUAAAAGUGGCGGUUGGUGACGUUGGUUUAGCUAUUUAUCGGUGAUUCCUGGGACGUAACGGAGCAACUCAGUGAUCAGAGUUUAGUGUGGGCAAGUUUAGUUUCAGUCGUUUGUACCAAUCGAGGAAGAUGGCAGUGGACUUCAAGUGUAAAGUGUUACUUUAUGUGGUGGGACUUUGUGGAUUGGCAAGUUUUGUGGACUCGCAGAUUCCGGGACUGGGAGGAUGUCCGGAUUACGUUCCGAUUACAAAGUUCGAUAGGACUAGGUUCCUGGGAAAUUGGUACGAAGUGGAACGCUACUUUACCGUGAAUGAAGUGGCCACCAAGUGCGUCGCGGUGACCUACGAGCUGAUGGCGGAUGGCAAAAUCUACGUUCGGAAUGCGUUUACCAAUCGAUUCAACAAUGUGGAGCGCAUCAUUUCCGGUGUAAUGGAAGCACCGGGCAAAACCAAAAACGGCAAAUACACCGUCAAGUACCAAUCGUUCCCGUACAACUAUAAUGCUUCGUUUAUGAUCCUGGACACGGACUACGAUAAUUUCGCCGUAAUCUACUCCUGUAGCACCAUCGGCCCUGUUGGUCAUACGGUUUCCGCCUGGUUGCUGACCCGAGAGCGUCUCCCACCGGGACCGGUUCUGCAGCGUGCCUACGGAGUACUGGACAAGUACCGCAUCAAUCGUACUUUCUUCGUUAAGACCAACCAGGACGAUUGUGUUCCGAGGGCACCUCCACAGCCAGCCAUUGAUCCCACUGAGCCAAGCACUGGAUCGCGUGAUCAAGGUGACCCAAAUGGCGUCGACCAGAUAGACACAGAAGAGCAGCUCAAUCAGCUGAGAAACGAUAUCUUUGCGAUGCCGAUUCCCCCAGGUCAAGACAUACAGAUUGACCCGAUCGAUGACGAAAAUGAGUGAAAAUCGAAUGCAGUGCUGGGGUAAAUUAUUUAUGUUGAAAAUAAAAGCACUGUUCGAACCA